AUUUUCUGCUCGAUUUGAGAAGUGUUGUUUGUUUUUCAACCACCUGGAAAUACUUGAAAUACAUUCGGUUGAUUCGGUUCAAUUUUUAUCAUUCCAUAGAUAACCUCUCUCCGCAGUAAAAACGAGAGAAGAAAAAAAAACAACUAAGUACCUAAAUGUACAACAAAAUUAUCAAUUUUUCAAAUUGAGUGUAUUUUGUACUCUGCCUUGGCUAGAUAGCCUACAUUAAAAUAGAAUUUAAUUGAACGCCAGUUGUCUGUGUCUGCAUAAAAUUAAUUAUCAAACGAACGCAAAACAGAAGAACAAAUCUUUGCGUCGUAAUAAUCCAUAAUUCCAUAGAUUGUGUGCAAUUCAUCUAGAGAGAUAUUUAUUUACAUACAAUCAACAAAUUAUUUCAGUUCUAUUAUUGAAGUGAAACCAUGCAGACCACACCGAUAGCCUAUUUAACACGAAAGGAGUGUUUCAGUGCGUGCCACCGUUUGCAUAGUCCGAUGCUGAGCGAUGCCGUUAAUGAGCAAAUUUAUGGAAAAUGUAACAAUCUGAAUGGACAUGGACAUAAUUAUAACGUCGAGGUCACGAUCCGCGGGCCAAUUGAUAAAAAUACUGGCAUGGUAAUGAAUAUAACUGACCUGAAAGAACAUAUGGACAACGUAAUUAUGAAGAGAUUGGACCACAAAAACUUAGACAAGGACGUUAGUUACUUUCAAAAUGUGCCAAGCACAACAGAAAAUGUUGCUGUGUACAUUUUCGACCAUUUAAAGACGAGACUUCCUUCACCCGAACUGCUGUAUGAAGUCAAAAUUCAAGAGACGGACAAAAAUGCGGUUAUCUACCGCGGUAAAAUUGGUUCACGUAGAGAAACGAAUGGUGGUCGCAAGUUCGCGGACAGCAUAUCAUCCGAUUCAGACUAAACAUAAGACAAUACACUUAGCCCAUCGACUAACGAUAUUUUUUACAAAUUGUUGGGAUAGAGUUUGUUGCAUUUUUAUCAUUGUUUAGGAAUUUCUUUUUUAGCGUAUAAUCGGCAUGUUGAUUCGAGCAUUUUAACCAAUUUUGUACCUUACUUUGCCUGAAUUUCUAGUGAUUUAGCAUUCCGAAAAUAAGCAAUGAAUUAGCCAGACAAAGAAGAUCCAUUAGGAAUAGAACUAUUGGCAACUUCUGCUAGUAAAGGUCGUUUGUAUACAAUCAUAUGCCGAUGUUUAUUUGUACGGUUUUAUAUUUUCAAUUAAAAUAAAAUUCAAUUUAACAACA